AUGUCACACCUUCGUGUUUGGGGGUACACUGCUUAUGUGCAUGUGCAAAAGGAUAAGAGAGGUGUCUUUGGCUCUCACAUGGAGAAAUGUGUGUUCAUUUUUUCUAUUACUGAAUUUACCCGCUUUACUCCUCAACAAGAACCUUUGAAGCUUACCUCUCAAAGUCCUCUACUCGCUAUAUUUACUAGCGUCUGUCGACCUCAAGCUCAUCGAACCCCUUACUCCCUGCAAGUGCAGAAGGAGACAGGUUUCGUUUUUGUUAUAGUUUAUCGUUGCCUCACAUUCAUUGGUUACCCUGCUGGGUACAAGGGAUGGAAAUUCUAUAAUCCUGAAAGAGCUGACUUUGAUGAGUGCUACUUCCCUGGCUUAAAAAAGACUUCUACCACUGCCAUUCCUACUCCACCUUUUCCACCUUUGCUUCCCAUGCCUUUGGGCCUGGAUGAGGAUGUCCUUGCACCAGGUCCAGGGGGAGACAUUGACCCACCAGCUGUACUUCAGCAACCUCAGCACUUGCCUGAUGAUGGGCCUGAUUUGGACCUUGAUGCAAAACCACCUGUGAAUCAACCUCCUGAGCUUCCAGAUUACCCUCCUCAUUGCUCACCUUCUCCUGACUUGCCUAUUGCACUGAGACGCCACAGAGUCUUGCUCAUUUAG